AUGAAGAAAAAAUAUCAUAAAAUCAAUAAACAAUGGCUACAAUCAAAUCCUCCAUUAUGAUCAUUUUUAUGAUCUAUGCAGUAAACUUUGACAUAUCAAAAGCAAAUACAACAUUACCAAAAUUUCCUGCAAUUCUAGUUUUUGGUGAUUCUACAGUUGAUACUGGUAAUAAUAAUUAUAUUAAGACAUGGAUCAAAAGUAAUUUCCGACCAUACGGACAAGAUUUUCCGGGUCAAAUUCCAACAGGAAGAUAUUCUAACGGAAAACUUAUUCCCGAUUUUAUUGCAUCAUUAUUGGGUAUUAAAGAAGUUGUUCCUCCGUUUUUGGAUCCAAAUUUAUCUGAUAACGAAAUCGUUACGGGUGUCAAUUUUGCAUCAUCGGGUGCGGGUUAUGAUGAGGCAACAUCGUUAACAUCUCAUGCAGUUUCAGUUCAUAAACAAGUUGGUUUGUUCAAGAAUUAUAUUGCAAGACUAGAACGAAUUGUUGGACAAGCGAAGGCUAAUGAAAUAUUGAAUGGUGCGUUGGUGAUUAUUAGUGCAGGAACUAACGAUUGGACUUUUAAUUUUUAUGAUUUACCUUUAAGAAGAUUGAUUUUUAAUGUAAAUCAGUACCAAGACUUUUUGCUGACUGAAAUACGGAAAAUACUACUGGACCUGUAUAAUCUCGGUCUCCGAAAGGUGGUAGUGGCCGGACUCCCUCCAAUGGGUUGUCUACCUGUCGAAAUGAUUAAGAAGUUCGGCAAAGAAUGUAUAAACAACGAAAACUCAGAUUCUGAAGGUUUCAAUGUAAAGCUUCAACAGUGGCUGGCUGACAUCCAGUUAAUGCUGCCUGGGAGCCACAUUUUUUAUGCUAACAUAUAUGACCCUUUAAAAGACAUGAUGGUUAAUCCACAGAAAUAUGAUUUUGUCGAUACAAGGAAUGGGUGCUGCGGUUAUUUACCUUUCGAGAUAGAAUUUGCUCGGAAUCAUGUAAUUUCAUCGGUCUGCAGAAAUUCUUCACAAUAUUUAUUUUGGGAUGCUUUUCAUCCGACAGAAGCAGCAUACCGAUAUCUCUCUUUAAGUAUCGAGAACGAUAUUCUCCCUAAGUUCAUAAACAUCACUUCUUAGGACUGUACUAAUUAAAUAAAGCACUUCUUAGGACUGUACUAAUCAGAAUAAAUCACUUCUUAGGACUAUUAGAAUAGAGUUAAUUCAAUUCAAUUUUGAGGACUGUACUAAUCAGAAAAAAGUUGAUCAAAUUCACUUUUAGCCUUCUGAUUCUAUUCAUUUUAUAAUACUAUCUAUGUUUCUAUUUUUUCCCCAUCUAGUACCAUUGUAAAUUACAGUGCGAAUUCAUUAUGCCUACAUGGACUAUCAUUUAUAAAUCGAC